AUGCAGCAAAGGCGCGAUGAGAUCCUGGCGAAGAGGGCGAAGCUCGCCGAGCUGAAGCGGCAGCGGGAGCUGAGAACACAGGCGUCUGCAUCACGGCAGAGCAUAGGACCCGAUCAACUGAUUGCACCAACGCCCGGGCGCGCCGACAACCGCCGAGAGAUAGAGUCUCUCAUCAACAGCCUGGUGGGCGAGAGCCGGCCGGGCUCGACGACAACCGGCGGUGCGGCGUCGCCGGCACACAAGGGAAGCCGGCCGAAUAGUGUUUUGAGUGCGGGCGAGCUGAGCAACGAGACGUCCGAAUAUGCAGCGGCCGGCAUCACGCAAGUCAGCAGCACGGGGCCGUCACAGCCGCAGGUCCUGUCUACCGUCUCGCUCACGACCAUCUACGAAUGCCCUCCGUCCCCCGUCAAGGAAGUCUUUUCCUACAGCAAAGGCGUCCAGACCACCGACGAUCUGCUGCCAACAGCACCUGUCGUCAACCGCACCCUCUACGAUUCGGACGGCGAGGAGCCGACGCCGGCCACACCGAACAAGAAGCUGAGCCGGCGAGAACGCGAACGGGAAGAGGAGCUGCGCAAGAACAUCCGGCAAGAGGUGGAGGAAGAGCUGCAGGCGGCAAAGGAGCAGUUGGCUGGCCAGCAGUCCGCACAGACAGCCCCUCUCUCGACAAACUACCCGGCACGCGUUCUGUCCAACGAGGAGCUCAAGGCCGUCACGUCCAAUUCCGAGUUUGUCGACUUCUUGGAGAAGUCGACCAAGGUCAUCGAAAAGGCGCUCGACUUGGAAUACGACAUCUUGACCGACUACACCCUGCAGGCGUACGACAACGAGGACGAGGACGAGCAGGGCAACGUGGGCGGACGCGGCCGGCGGAAGGUGAAGGAGAUUCGCCAGUUUUACGACGAAAAGUGGUCGCGGAAGCGCAUGAUCACGUCCAUCGACUUCUCGCCCAAGUUCCCCGACCUCCUCCUCGCCUCCUACACGAAGAACCCGACAGCCCCGCACGAGCCCGACGGCGUCGUCCAGGUCUGGAGCCUCAACCUGCACGACCGCCCCGAGUUUGUGUUCCACGCCCAGUCCGACAUCCUGACGGCCCGCUUCUCGCCCUUCAACCCGAACCUCAUCUUUGGCGGCGCCUACAGCGGACAGGUGCUUGUGUGGGACACGCGCGCGCGCUCGUCGCCCGUGCAGAAGACACCGCUUACCGGCUCCGGCCACACACACCCCGUGUAUGCCCUCGACAUCGUCGGCACCCAGAACGCCAACAACAUCAUCAGCUGCAGCACCGACGGCGUGGUCUGUGGCUGGGCCGAGAACAUGCUCGCGCAGCCGCAAGAGUUCUUGUCCCUCACCGUGCCGCCGCCGUGCAAGGUCGACGACCUGGCCCCCACGUGCCUGGCCUUCCCCCACGCCGACCCGACCUUCUUCUUGGUCGGCUCCGAGGAGGGCACCAUCUACCCGUGCCAUCGCUACGACCGCGCGGGGGCCAAGGCCGGCGUCGACGCGCGCGUUCGCUACCGCGGCCAUGCGGCGCCUGUGCUGUCGGUCGACUUCCACCCGGCACGUGGCCCCGUCGACCUCGGCGACCUCGUGCUGUCGUCGAGCCUGGACUGGUCGGCGAAGCUGUGGAAGGUCCGCGCGCCGGCGGCCACGAGCACGAUUGUGGGCGGUGGCGGUGUGGGCGGUGCCGGCGCGGCAGCGGAGGGCACGGCGGUGCCUCUGAUGGACUUUGUGCGCGAAGAUGUCGUAUACGACGCAGCCUGGUCGCCCGUCAAGCCCGGUGUGUUCAGUCUGGUGGACGGUGCCGGCUGGCUGGAGCUGUGGGACAUUACGGUGGAGACGGAAGAGCCGGUGGCGCGGAUCAGCCCGAGCCAGCGCAAGGACGGCCGGUCGAUGCUGGCCAACAGCCUGAACAAGGUGGCCUGGGACAAGAGCGACGGCAAGCGCCUGGCCACGGGCGGCAUUGCCGGCACGCUGACGGUGUUUGAGGUGGGCCCGGAUCUGGGCGGCAAGGAGGGUCUGCGCAGCGAGGAGUGGACCAGUGUCAAGAAGCUGGUCAACAAGCUGGAAGCGCAGAACGCCAACGGCCCGGUGGCGUUGUAA